AGCAAUGGCCUAGGCACCAGUUGGGGACCCGGAGUGCAGGGCGGUGCCUGACCUGGGCCAGGCAGGACUUUCCUGGGCCGUGUCUGGGAGGGGAAGACAUCCGGGGGCUCUUAGCUCCCAAAACAUAGGGCAGAAUGGAUUCAGGAUUGGGGAACAGGGACAGAAGCCUCUGGUACAAGGGGCUGUAGGGUUUUAGAGGUGCGACUCCCAGAGGCAGAGGGAUGGACCGCAUGGGGAGCUUGAUUUUGUAUUUUAGACAGUUGGGAGGCCGCCUCUGGGUCUGAACUUUACCCACACAGGGAGAGCCCUGCAAGGAAGACUCGUAGGCGGGUCAGGGUGAAGCGGGGCUCCGCCGAGGGUCCUGUCUCUUCCCAGGGGAGGGAAAGGGAAGCCCACGGUGGGACCCGACAUGGUGCUGCUCAGCCGAUUCCUCUUCUCGUACUUGGCCAGGGCCUGCCUCCUGCAGCUUCCGCCGUGGGGUGGAGAAGCCGCAGUCCUGGGAAGGAGCACCCCGCACUCGACCUGGGCACUGUUCUCAUCGCGAGCUGCGGGCUGCUGCCCUGGGUGUGCAGAUGGACCCAGAUCCCUGCAAGCAGAAACCACACAGAGUGACCUUUGUGCGGUCAGCUGACCAUGACCCUCGGAGUCCUAACUUGAUGGGACUGCGCCAGUCAGAAAGAGAAGCCUACCAGUUCGUGCAGGAAUUUCUAGAACAAGAACAGGUGUCCGAUUCCGACAAGCUGGAGUUCCUGAGGGCUGUGGAAACCUUGAGUGGUGCUGUCCGUGCCCAGGCAAAUGGCAGUAUGAACGACUACUUUCCCAAAAUCAUUCUGGCCAAGAAAAUUGAGAUCUUAAUCCUUGAAGAAUCCACCGAGGUCUUGACCAGCUAUGUUCGUCAGCAAGCCAUGCUCUGCGUCGUGGCCCUGAGCCAGGUGAACCCACCGUUCUGCUCAUCCCAGAAGCUGGACCUGGUGAACGCUGGCGUCUCCAGCACGUUCUCCCUGCCACUCAUUGUGCCCAGCCUAGACCGGAAGGAGAGUGCCAGUCUCUACAUCCAGACUGUCCAGGCCUUAGAUGACAUGUUACAAGCUCUCAUAAUGGACGGUGUGUACCCCAACAUGGCCCUGCUGCAGCGCGUCCUGGAGGUCAUCUUGCCUUGGCUAACAGUCUCGGAGAAAGCGCACGAGCAGUCGCGUGCCGCGGGCAUCAUUUCCAGGAUGCUGAGGUUUAUCUGCAAUUUCCCUGAGCUGUCGCGCAUGGAGGAGUUCUCUACGAGCGGGACCCUCAUGGGCACCCUGGGGCUCUUCUGCAUGAACUCCAGCUGCGAGACCAGCGCGGGGGCGUCGGAGGCCUUGCACUACUUGUUCAAAGUCCUUGCGCUUCAUAGGAGUGAGAAGCCGAAGACCGAGGCCGUCCUGAAGGAUUUACAGAAGCAUUUCCGCGGGGAGUGGCUUGCCAGCAUUCAGGACCUCGCCAUGUUCUUCCAGAAAUACCUGACCCCCGAGGAGAGGGCAGAUCUGAUGAUGGUGUCAGUGGAGGCCAUGAGCAGAGACAGCAGGCAUGACGUCUAUGCAGCUUCCGAGCUGUUGAGGAUGAUCCUGAAGUGCUCUGUGCCAGAGAUAGGGAAGGUGCCAGAAAUCAUCCAAUACAUUUACCACAAUAUGAGCAGCAUCACUGAGCCUACAGCCCAAGAGACCAUAAGGAAGGUCCUUCACCUGCUCGCCCAGAGCCACACCGAGGACGUCAUCCUGACACUGUUCAGGAUGCAGGAUCAGUCACAAAGGUGGGUAGCCCUGCAAACCCCAGACGAAUUGCCCUUUAUUUUCCUGGCUCAUACUAACUUGGUCCUUACUCGCCUUGGCAUCCUGAGUGUUUCUGGGCCAGCCCACCAUGGUGACGGGCUCAGGCAGAGAUCUGCUGGUGGCAGGACCCAGGAGCUGAAGGCAAAGAUGCUAAUGCCCCUGCUCACCCCCCAGGCCACCAGGGCCAUCCACGAACUCCUGCUGGGACCCAGCCGGCACAUAGAGGUGCAGUCUUUCUUCUGCCCGCUGUUCAUGGCCCUGCUGCUCCAGGUGUCCUGUCUCGUGGGGGAAUGGGGAGCUGACAUCAUCCAGGAGCAGCGGCUCGGGGCCCAGUGGGUGGACCCUGUCAGCUCCGCCGUGGAGGCCCUGAAGGCCCUGAUGUACAGCGCCGGCUACGGGGACCAUGCGUCUUAUGCCCAGCAACUGGGGGGCUGGGAGCUGCUCACCAGCCCUGAAAGACACUCUGAGGGAGUCACUCUGCUGGCCAGGGCCAUGGUCUCCAAGAACUGUUGGCAUAACCGCCCCCUCUUCAGCGUCGCUGUCAGGUUUCUCCAAGAGCUGGACCACGCAAACCACGGGACGACCCUUAUGUUCAUGACUGAGGUCUGCAUGCAGAGGCUGCAGCUGUCCCGCAUCUCGCAGCCCUUCCAGGCCCUGGGCUGUUGCUUGGCUCCGCUUGUCCGUUUCCCUCUUCUGGAAUGGUGGAGUGUGAUGUCACCAACUGAGCUUUGGCCUCUUCACCAGUUCCUCCACACCCUUUUGGACAUUUUGCUAAUAAGUGGGAACCUUGGCUCAAAGUCGCUGAGGGUUCUUCCUCCUUCCCCAUUGUUUCAGCCCCUCUCGGUCUCCUUUCGCCAGCUGCUCAGGAGCCCAGAGGUGGCGGUCACUGUGGAUGAAGUUGCUGUCCGCGUUCUGGCCCACCGGUUCCAGUGUGAGGAGCCGGCCACCGUGAAGCUGUUGCUGCGGCUGGUGGAGGUCUUCGCAAAGCACAGAGACAUGGUGAAAUGGGACGGGGGCCAAGAGAUGUCAUUUGGGGAAGGAACAGAGAGAUCUGGAGUUCCCGUGCAUCCGGCUGUAGCCGGGCUGGACCAUACGCUCAGGGUCAGACAGGAAGUCCUCAUGAAGCUGGCCCACUUGUCGCCGACUGGGCCAGAGCUUCUCCGCCUGCACCUCCUUCCUGAGCAGCUGUCCUCCCCGCAGGCGAGGCGGCUGCACCCCCUGCAGCACCACGUGCUCAGCUGCUGCUCGUCCUCGGACAGGAACACUGCACUGGAGGCCUUCCGAGUGCUCAGGGGUCUCGCCGAGACCCUCACCUGGCAGCACAACUCCUCGUUCCUCAUUCAGCUCACCUUCAUGCUGGGGCCCUUCUUGGAGGAGGAGUCAGAGCAGCUGCGCUUGACAGCCUUUGAGGUCUGUGCGAGCCUCUUGGCCAGGGUCAAGAGGAGAAACCUUGUCUUCCCGCUGAGGCACCAGCUCCUCAACCUGACGGUCCCCCUUGUGCUCCACCUGGGGGACGUGAGUGUCAGCGUGGCUCAGAUCUGUCGGCCUGCCCUCUGCCACGUGGCCACUAUACUGGGCUGGUCAAAGCUCAAAGCAGUAUUUGCUGAGAAAGACGUGUGGACUAUCCUCGGAGCCCUGCUGAAGCAGGAAGCCAACAAAGGCCCCCAGUUCCUGAAGCAGUGUGUGGCCCUCUUCAAGAGCCCGCAGGCCCCCAUCCGCCAGCAGGCAGUGUGGUUUGCAGGCCAGAUCCUCCAGACCCUGAACAUGAAGGAAGCCAAGGAAACGGAAGAGGCGCUUGCAGGUGGGAGGCACCCGGCCACCCGCCUCGCGUUGUCUGCACUGGUGUUGGCGGGGAGGCUCGGAGUGAGGGGAGACGGGCGGCUGGGCCCCCAAACCCCACUGAAGAAGCAAAGAGGUCGCUCGUGUCCAGGCACUGGUCACCCCUCGGCCACCCCAGUUCACUACACAGCAUCCCCCGCUCCCCUCUUCCUGUCUUGCCUGGCUCCAGCACCACAUCUCACCCCUGCUGGGGUCCCAAGUGCUGGCCGAGUCCCUGCAGGGGACUUGGCUCUCAGACAUUCCCUGGGCCGGGGGCGGGCAGAGCCACGGAGGUGGAGAGGCCCACGGGGCGGGCUGGGCAGCCGGCUGCGCCUCCCUGAGCCUGUGGCGGUUAUAUCACCUUCUUCUCACUGCACAGUAUGGGCCCCCAGAAGGAAUUCUUGCACAUAUUUUAGAAGCUGCCAGUCCCAUCCCGUUGCUUUACCGCUUUCUGCACAGCCACCUGAUGGGCCUCCCAGCAGACCCAGGCCUCCUGCCCGGCCCAGUGGCGUGACUCUGUUCUGUGUUACAGCCCUGCGGGGCAUGCGGGAAGACCCCGACCCCAUGACCAGCUGCCUCGCCACACAGACCUUCUACAUCCUGGACGCUAAGGAGAAGGUGCUGCUCGACACCCCGACCUCUUGCCUCUGCAGUAGGAGACCUCGAAGGGGCUGCUUCUGAGUCUGCAUUCUGGGGUCCCAGCCAGGCAAACAAGACCAUGACAGUGGGGCCAGAGUCCUGAGCCCUGCCCUAGAAAUGGAGGGGUGCCCCUGCAAAGCUUCAUAGUAAAAGGAGACAGCACGCACAAACGUGGUGCAGGCGUUUUCUUCUCUUCCCACUCAGUUCUCGGCCAUGUGGGGUAAAGCCAUCUGUGGUGAGCUGCCGUCUCUGCUGCCAACAUCCGGGUGCAGGCUCGCCUCCCCCAGCUCUGCCCCUGUGCCCUUCUCCCACUCAGCCUAGUGAUCUGAGGCCAGAUCAUGCAGAAUCUUUUGAACAACCACCUGAACCAUGAACUGGGAAGAAUGGCACUGGGACAGAGGAGGUGUUCUGAAGUCCAUGCACAGGGCCGGGCUCCCUGCGGCCAGCAACAGAGUCCAGUCUGGCUAGUUUAAGCCUGAAGGUAGGUUAUUAAAGGGCCUUCCUCAGUCAGCUCAUAAGAUACCCAGAGAGAUCAGAGCGUGCUGCCCAGCAAGAACAGGGCUGCCCUGUAAAAACCACUGUGGCUGCCCCUCGGUGCAGCCCAGUGACCACCCUUCGGCCUGGAAACCAGAAGCUUGGCCACUGUUGCCGUGCAGACCCACACCUUUCCUCCUCCCAUGCCAAGAGGUGAGCUGGGUCAACACCUCCUGUCCCCCAGGCUCCUGUUGGAAUCAGUCUCCCCCAGGCCCUGUGACAGUCCCUGGAGUCUCAGGGUCUGUGCAGGCUCAUCUGCUGCUCGCAGUGCCAUCCACCCACCCCUGCCUCCAAACCAGGGAGCCACACCUGACCUUCAGUUACCUGAGCCCUAGGCAAAGCUCUGGUGCAGGAGCAAUGACCCAGUGCCCUGAAAGGCAGGCUCCCCCAUGGCCAGCCCGGCUCUGACUGGAUGGACCUCUGGCUCUCGUGCCUCAGUGCCUGGCCUCUGUCACCUGCACCCAGGACCUGGGAGCACGUGAGCUCCCUCUUGCUCGCCACCUCCACCCCUGCCUCUUGGGGGUGGCCACGCUCCUCACCUGGGCACGGCAGCUGGAGCUGCUUGGUCACGCUUGCUGACAAACCCCAGGGGCGGCACUAACCUCCGCGCUAAUUCUGGGCUGGCCAGGGGCUCAUCUCGCCUGCUCCCCGAGGCCGGGUCCCUGGGUUCUCGGCCAGCGGCCCCCAGCUGUCUCCAGGGCCAGGCUGCCACCCAGCCCUGACAGCGAUGGGCUCCCAUCAGAAUCUGAGAAGCGCCGUUCCCUUGAAUCUGGGAAAGCUGCCUCGUCAACAUAUUCUGAACAGGAUUUCUCUUCUUCACACUUCUGUUCUCCACAUUUUCUAUAAUAAGCAGACAUUACUCUUGUAAUUU